AUGGAGGAAACCACCGAGAUCCUCCUUUACAAGCUACAAGCUAUCACCAGAUGUAAAGAAAAUGACAAGGAGAUGGACAAUUCGAAGGAUUUUGAAGCUUAUUGGUCAAAGUAUAAACUGAGGAAGGGCUAUCAGUUAGUACAAGGAAUGAUUUAUGGAUAUAGUUCUGAUUUAUGUGAAUGCAGGGAUGGCUAUAGCAAGUGGCAGCAUGGAAGUGAUUCUGAUUGUUGUACUUCUGCAGUUCUGAACCGAGGUCUGUGGAUCCAUAAAAAUGUUGAAGUCGUAACUUUGGAGCCCAUUUGGCCCUGA